AUGGCUUUCACUAUUGCAGCGCGGCUUGCGGCCACCAAAGCUGUCGUGCCGGAGGAAAUGCCUCUGAAGUCCUGGAUUGUCUGGUUCUUUGUUUUGAUGGAAGUGGGAAGCCUGGGAACGUUCCUUCAGCUCGGAUAUUUCGUCCAUCCGGGACUGCUUCUUAUUCCGGCCUUUCUGCAGGUAACACUAAGUGCUACCAGAGCGGCAAUGCAAACGAGUCACAGUUCGUCCUUGCAUGACCCAAGAAGACAAGUGUACUUUGCACUCUUCAGCCAGGGAUUUUCAGCCUUUGGCUUAGCAAGGCGACAAAAAGCAGCUACGACCUUUUACAUUGGCACCACUUUGCUCAGAGUUGGCUGCUUGAUUCCAGUCCUCUUUUUUCUGAUUGGUAGCAACAUGUGUGAAGCUCCAAUUGAUCGUGGGGCUGGGAGAAGCUAUCCGAAGGUCUGGAAGGCGGAGAAUGGCAUCAGUGGCAUCCACGAAUUUCGCGCAGAGCUUUGCAAAAUCUACGGUGACGCGAAUAGCUUGUGCGACGUUUCAGCAUUUUCCUGUUUUGAAUUGAGCUGCUUCGGAUAUUCCGUUUGUGGCCCUGGGUUCAAUAAGGAUUUUUGCGUGGAGACCCCGGGACGAUGCCAAUUAACAUGUUGGAAGUACACACAGUGCGAAGAGACCCGAAAGGCAAACGAUUUGGUGGAACUACCGAACAUGCUUCAAGAGUCCUGUAUGCUCCACGACUUCGAUUUUUUAAAAUUCCAAGCUUGCGCAGCAGAAAGUAAACUGUUAAACUCAUGUAAUGCGCGAGCUAGUGCGUGUAGACUGCCUUACAUGUCAAGAAGUUUUGGAGAUGGCAUCUUCUUUUUCUACAUCUUGCUGCCAAUGUUUUGUUUGCUUGGGUGGCUACUGAUUUUUAUAUUGAGCUCCAUAUAUUUCCGAGAUGGUUUUCUAAUCACCGCGGAAGAAGACAAAGAUCGGCGGAAAACCGUUCGGAGAAGGGCCAUGAAGCUUGGACGUGAGAUGCUCCAGCAGAAAGCAACGCUGAUGGAGCGAACAAGGGCGUACUUGGCUCUAGCAAUGUUUUGUUUCGAUUUAGCAUCAGAUGGGAGCUGCCUCGCGGGGUUUCUUAUGACAGGCCAGUGGGGGUUUGCAGCUGCCCAGGCCAGUAUAGUGCUGGUUGCAGCUGCAACAGAAUUCUGGAGAGGAAGCCCUCGGGAGCUACUGGAAGCCUUCACAGAUUUUAGACAGACGGGCGUGCCACCGGACAAAUUCCUGUCCAUCAUACAGGCGGAGCAAGGUCUGGAAGCUCCUCUAUCAUUUCUAUUGCAAUACUACAGCGCAUUUUUUACGUCUGGAUCUGAAUGGGCGUUCCUCAACUUGUGCUUCUCCAUAUCCAUGAGCCUCUACGGCAUCUCCAAAGGCGUGUACGACAACAUCCAUCUCAACAUGGAAGCAGCAUUUGAUGCGGCAGAGUUGCUCGACCAGGACUCCGCCUCGGAACCUCCAACGCCUCACGCGCAGCCUCCGGCAGUGGUGGGUUUUCCGAGUUUGCCUCCCGGUAUGGCACAGCCGCACCAAACCUCGGUCACCCCGUUGCCGCCCCCCCCAGGCAUGUCGCCCGUCAUGGCGUUGGCAGUCACGCAGCCACCACCCCCCGUUGGGCCCAUCCAGCUCGGGGGACCAGUCAAGGACACGGAGUGA